AUGUAUUCCCGUCUCUUUUAACCAUCACAGAUAAUUGUUUUUGUUUUUUUCAGGCUGAUAUGACUCAAUAUAAGUAAGAUAGAUCCAGAGAGCCGCCACAAUGGUCCAGUCGUUUGAUGAGUUUUGUGGAAAUUCUCCUCUUUGGGAUGAAAAUUUGUUAUUGAACAGCUCAUACCCGCAUUUUACAGACUGUUUCCAGGACACGUUUCUAAUAUGGGUUCCUUGUGGAAUUCUGUGGUUAUCUAUGCCAUUAUAUAUCCGUUACUUGUUGAAUGAUGAGAGAUCACCUCUACCAUUAUCUGCGCUCAACAUUUCAAAAACUUUUUUCUCAUGGAUAUUAUUUUUUGUGUGUGGUAUAGACCUACUGUAUGCCGGAGAUAGUGAGGAAGAUACGGGAAGUCAUUACAAUACCACGGCAUACUAUACAGCAGGCAGUAUACGUGCCGCUACAUUUUUACUUGUGGCAUUAAUAGUACAGCUAGAGCGUAGAAAAGGGGUAAUAACAUCGGGGAUAAUGUUUGUGUUCUGGCUUCUUACAUCAGUGGCUUCCAUCAUCCCAUUUUACACAAAAAUAGAAGAAAAGGAGUAUGACGGGCGAAAGUUCCAGUUCACCAUGUACUGUUUGUAUUUUGCACUCGUUCUUAUUGAACUGGUCCUUACAAGUUUUGUUGAAAAACAACAGAGACGUGGCUACCAAGCACUCGGGAGGGAAGAGUGCCCAGAGUUGAAGGCUUCAUUUCCAUCUAAGCUGUCUUUCUGGUGGAUAACAAAAUUAGUGGUUAAGAUUUAUAAAUCUGGAAUAAAAGACGGUGAAUUAUGGGAUCUUCACCCACGUGACCAGUCAGAAACAUUUAUACCUAAGGUGCAGAAAGCCUGGCAAGAUGAACUUCGGAAGUUCAGACAGGAAGAGGCAAGAAAAGCACAUCUUCAGGAAACAAGCUUCAUGCGAGAUUCAGAAAGGACACCAUUGAUUAAUGCAGGUGGCAAGAAAAAAUAUAAUGGUGAAGGGAAGGAAGAUAAGGAUGAGAAGAAGAAGACCAAAGGGCCAUCACUCUUUAAAGUUCUUGUGAAAUGUUUCGGUGGUCAGAUCAUGAUUGGUUGGAUGUGUAAAUUUAUAUAUGACUUACUACAGUUUGUCAACCCUAUGAUACUAAAUCUUCUAAUUGGCUAUGUGGAGUCGAAGGAAUCUGAGGGUAUUGUGUAUGAAUGGAGGGGUUACGUUUAUGCUGCUGGUUUAUUCAUUGUGGCCGCCACACAAUCAGUAUUUUUCCAUCAGAUUUCACAUCAGUAUGACUGCUGGUAUGAGAAUGAAAUCUGCGCUAAUCUCUGCCGUCUACAGCAAGGUAUGCUCAAUUUUCUCAUGCCUGCUUUGACUAUGAACAGCGAGGCAAAGAAGUCAUCAACAGUUGGAGAAAUUGUCAACCUGAUGUCUGUAGAUUGUCAGAGAAUACAGGAUAUAACAGGUUAUCUCUGGAUGUUGUGGUCAGCCCCUGUGCAGGUCAUACUGGCCAUGGUGCUACUGUGGAACACGCUUGGACCAUCCGUGCUAGCGGGCCUGGGUAUAAUGGUACUACUUAUGCCGGUUAAUGCUGUAAUCGCAAUGAAACAGAGAAAAUACCAGAUUACACAGAUGAGAUUUAAAGAUCAAAGAAUCAAAUUGAUGAAUGAAGUGCUCAAUGGAAUUAAGGUUCUAAAGUUAUAUGCUUGGGAGCCAUCUUUUGAACAAAAAGUUCGAGAUAUUCGUAACAAAGAGCUGGCUGUGAUAAGAAAGGCGAGUUAUCUGAAUGCUGUCAGUACAUUCUUCUGGACAUCGGCACCUUUCUUGGUGACCCUGGCGACAUUUGCGACGUACAUUCUGGUAGACAACACCAACUAUUUGGAUGCACAGAAAGCAUUCGUUUCCCUGUCUCUAUUCAACAUUCUGCGGUUCCCAAUCAAUCUUCUACCAAUGAUCAUCUCCUAUGUUGUACAGGGUAACGUGUCUCUGGGCCGCAUAUGUAAAUUCCUACAAUCAGAUGAUCUUGAUCCAGACAAUGUUACACAUACUGAAAUUGCUGAUCAUGCAUUGUCUAUUGAGAGAGGAACAUUUGCAUGGGGCAAACAUGACAAACCUACUCUGGAAAAUAUAGAUCUGGAGAUAGGUGAUGGUAAACUUGUAGCAGUAGUUGGUCAAGUUGGUUGUGGUAAAUCAUCUCUCAUCUCAGCUCUACUUGGAGAAAUGGAGAAAAAUGAAGGCAGAGUUAAAGUCAAGGGUUCUGUAGCAUAUGUCCCACAACAAGCCUGGAUACAGAAUGCUACUGUAAGGGAUAACAUAUUAUUUGGAAAGGAAGUAGACCAGAACAAAUACGAGCAGGUUAUAGAUGCCUGUGCGCUCAGACCUGACCUUGAAAUAUUGCAAGGUGGUGACCUUACAGAGAUAGGAGAAAAGGGUAUAAAUUUAUCUGGUGGGCAGAAACAGCGUGUUAGUUUAGCCCGUGCUGUGUACAACAAUGCUGACGUUUACCUACUGGAUGAUCCACUUAGUGCCGUUGACUCCCAUGUCGGCAAACACAUCUUUAACAAGGUCAUUGGAUCAAAAGGUCUUCUAAGAAAUAAGACACGUGUAUUGGUGACUCAUGGAGUACACUGGCUACCGAUGGUUGACACUAUAGUAGUAAUGGUAGAUGGUCGUGUAUCGGAGCUAGGGUCGUACGAGGAGUUGAUGUCACAUGAUGGGGCGUUUGCACAGUUCCUAAAAAUAUACCUUACCCAAGAUAAUGAUGAUGACGAUGAUGACCCUGAAGUUCAAGAGAUAAAAAGUAAAAUAUUGGAGAGAGUUGAUUCGGUGACAUCCGGCACAGAGGGGACAGGUGUGUCUGGUGAUGAUGAUGUUGUAACUAGACUUAAACCUAGCGGGAAGACAUUAAAGAAGAAGCCUCCUCUAGAACGUACAAUAUCAACAUUAGACAAAGGGGUUAAAGCUGAAUGGAAAGAAGAUAAGUCUAAGAAACAAGCUGAUAAACUUAUUGAAGCUGAGAAAUCAGAAACUGGAAAUGUAUCCUGGAGGGUGUACAUGAAAUAUUUCUCUGCUAUCGGAGCAGUAGCCACAUUAUUCAUAUUUGCCCUGUUCAUCCUGUACCAAGGUGGGGGAAUAUAUUCAAGUAUCUGGCUGGCACAAUGGACAGAUGAUGACUAUCUCAAAAAUCCUGACAAUGUGAAUACAACAGAAUAUCAGAAUAGGAACUAUAAAUAUUUGGGAAUAUACGCUGCUCUUGGUGUUGGGCAAGCAAUUGUGAUACUGAUAUAUGCCAUAAUCUGUGCUAUAACAAUGAUAAGAGCUGCUGGAAUUCUACACAAUGGCAUGCUUGCCAACAUCCUUAAACUUCCCAUGGCAUUCUUCGAUACAACACCUCUUGGAAGAAUUGUCAACAGAUUUUCGCAAGAUGUUGAAAUUAUUGACAACAGAUUGCCAGAAAUAUUGCGCGCUUUCCUCAAUCAGCUGUUUGCAGUUAUAGGAACGUUCGUAGUGAUUAUUUAUAGCACCCCAUUGUUUGUAACGUUCCUAGUGCCAGUGCUAGUUGUAUAUUAUAUCAUACAAAGAUUUUACAUUCCCACCUCAAGACAACUGAAGCGUGUGGAGUCAACAACAAGGUCACCUAUCUACAGUCAUUUUGGAGAAUCUAUUUCUGGUGCUAGCACAAUAAGAGGUUACAGAUUAGAGGAGAGAUUUAUAAUGGAGUCAAAACAUAAAGUGGACACCAACAUGGUCUUCUACUUUGCUGGCAUUGCUUCCAAUAGGUGGCUUGGCUUUCGUUUGGAGAUCUUGGGUAAUUUAAUAGUUUUUGGAGCAGCCAUAUUUGCUGUAGUUACCCCUGGCAACACAGGAGGUCUUGUGGGAUUGUCCAUCUCUUAUGCAUUACAGGUAACAGCAGCACUGAACUUUCUUGUACGUAAUACAAGUGAUGUAGAGACAAAUGUUGUGUCGGUGGAACGUGUGAAAGAAUAUACAGAGGCUGAAACUGAGGCUGAUUGGGUGUUACAUUUCCAUCGACCACCAAAAGACUGGCCAGAUCAGGGUAAUGUAAGAUUUAACAACUAUUCUACUCGGUACAGAGACGGCCUUGACCUUGUGUUGAGGGGAAUAUCAUGUGACAUAAGAGGUGGAGAAAGGGUUGGAAUAGUUGGAAGAACUGGUGCUGGGAAGUCGUCACUGACGGUGGCAUUGUUCCGGUUGAUCGAGGCUGCUGGUGGAAGUAUUGUCAUUGAUGGACAGAGAAUCUCUGAUAUGGGUCUGCAUGAUCUACGUGCCAAACUUACUAUCUUACCCCAGGAUCCAGUGCUAUUUUCUGGGACUUUGAGGAUGAACCUUGACCCUCUUGACCAGUAUAGUGACCAGCAGGUUUGGAUGGCCCUGGAACAUGCACAUUUAAAAUCAUUUGUGACAGGGCUUGAAGAUGGCUUACAGCACGAAUGUGGGGAAGGUGGUCAAAAUUUGAGUGUUGGACAAAGACAGCUGGUUUGUCUAGCACGUACAUUGUUACGCAAGACGAAGAUUCUCAUCCUGGAUGAAGCUACUGCUGCCGUUGACAUGGAAACGGAUGAUCUCAUACAGAAUACAAUCAGGGAGGAGUUUAAAGGGUGCACCGUUAUAACCAUAGCUCAUCGUCUCAAUACUAUUAUGGACUAUGAAAAAAUCAUAGUUUUAGACCAGGGUCUCAUACGUGAGUUUGACUCUCCUGCCAACCUGCUAGCAGACACAUCAACUGUUUUCUAUAACAUGGCCAAGGCAGCUAAUCUUGUAUAAACCGUGCCAUGUGAAAUAUGUACUAUAAACAUUCCUCAUUAAUGCCUAUUAUUUUAUGUGAAGUCAUAUUGAAAGCUGUGGUCAGAUGAAUGUUAAAAGUAGCAUCAUUAUUUUAUGUCAAGUCAUAACCACAACGGUUAGAUGAAUGUUAAAAACACAACGAUGUUACCUAUUAAAUGCCAUAAAUGCAGCACGACUGUGAUCUAUUGAUAACUGAAGGUGAUCAAGAAAUCAGUGUUGUGAUUGAGAUAUUUGGAACUAUUAAUGUUAAUCUAUUGAAUGUCACAAUUACAAGGAAUGUCUCAUAUAAUAUAUUGUUAUACAAAUGAUGUCAUAAAUGCAAGACUGUAAUUUAUUGAAUAUCACAAAUAUCAGGUUAAGAUGAAUUGAAUGUCACAAACGUGUGUCUGCAAGGCGUAUGUCAUAAAUACAAGGUUUAAUUCAUGGCAGGGAUGUAAAAUUGAGAUUUAUUUAAAGGGUAUAAAUCUAUAUCUUAUGAAAUAUUUUUAUAAAAUCUAUCAACAGUAAAAUUAUAUUGAUUCCAUUAUUAUAUGAAUGAUUCCCGAAAAAGUUGUAACAUAGAAUGUCCCUGUUAUUUAACAUGCAUUUGUAACUAGGGAAAAUUCUACAUUAUCCGGGCUCUUGUUUCAUAUCAAGCGCUGAGAAAAGGAGAGCAUGGUAUCCUACGGACAGCUAUUGUUAUAUAUUAAAAAAAAUAAUUGUGUUGUGUUUUGAUAUAAGCUUGAAAACUAUAUUCCUUUAUUCUUGGUUCAAAUUUUCUACUCACUGAUGGUGAGCUUUAUAUCAUUUACAUUAAAUUACAUGUAAUUGUAUGUGUCUGUUGUUUGUGUUUUCAUUACCAGCAAAAUUGUGAUAGUUUACAGAUUUUGAACUUUAUAUCUAUAUUAUAUGUAAUUUCCAGAUUGUUUUCUUUUUUAGGAACUUUUUCUAUUAUUAUAGAAUUCAAAUAUUACUCAGUGUAGUCAAUAUAUUUGUUAGGUAUUCAAGAUUUAAAAAAGGUAGAUUUAUUCUUUACUUUUGUUUUUAUAAUAUU